GGCGGGGACGAGCACCAGAAAGCGAGGUGGGCGGGCGACAACGAAACCCAGAAAACAACACGGGCGGAGUCGAGAACAGCGGAACGACGCGCGGGGGGCCGAGAAGGAGAAUCGAGGUUCGGCGCGGGCGGGGACGAGAAGCAGCGGUCGGGCACGCGGGGACGGUGGCCGGCGCGGGCGGGCGCGGCCUUUGUCUCCUCCUCCGGCGCGCUCCAUGGCUGCACCGGCCCCAUGAGCCCGUGGCCCCCCGGCGCCUGGGCCGCCUGCAGCCCCUGACCUGCCCUGCCCUCGCAAUGGCCGAAGUCGCCUCCGGCGCCGGGGGCCCAUCCCUGGAGGGUGAGCGCGGCAAGAGGCCCCCGCCGGAGGGCGAGCCUGCAGCCCCGGCGUCCGGAGUUCUGGAUAAGCUUUUUGGGAAGAGGCUCCUGCAGGUGGGUCGGUACCUGGUGUCCCACAAGGCAUGGAUGAAGACGGUGCCCACGGAGAACUGCGACGUGUUGAUGACCUUCCCAGACACGACCGAUGACCACACGCUGCUAUGGCUGCUGAACCACAUCCGCGUGGGCAUCCCUGAGCUCAUCGUGCAAGUUCGCCACCACCGCCACACGCGUGCCUACGCCUUCUUCGUCACCGCCACGUAUGAGAGCCUACUCAGAGGGGCCGACGAGCUGGGUCUGCGAAAAGCAGUGAAGGCCGAGUUUGGCGGGGGCACCCGCGGCUUCUCCUGCGAGGAGGACUUCAUCUACGAGAAUGUGGAAAGUGAGCUGCGCUUCUUCACCUCCCAGGAGCGCCAGAGCAUCAUCCGCUUCUGGCUGCAGAACCUUCGUGCCAAGCAGGGCGAGGCACUGCACAAUGUGCGCUUUCUGGAGGACCAGCCAAUCAUCCCUGAACUGGCGGCCCGCGGGAUCAUCCAGCAGGUGUUCCCAGUCCACGAGCAGCGCAUCCUGAACCGGCUCAUGAAGUCAUGGGUGCAGGCUGUGUGUGAAAACCAGCCUCUAGAUGAGAUCUGCGACUACUUUGGCGUGAAGAUUGCCAUGUACUUUGCCUGGCUGGGUUUCUACACAUCGGCAAUGGUGUACCCGGCAGUCUUUGGCUCUGUCCUGUACACAUUCACAGAGGCUGAUCAGACAAGCCGGGAUGUAUCCUGCGUGGUCUUUGCCCUCUUCAACGUAGUCUGGUCAACGCUGUUCUUGGAGGAGUGGAAACGGAGGGGGGCAGAGCUGGCCUACAAGUGGGGGACGCUGGAUUCACCCGGGGAAGCCGUGGAGGAGCCGCGACCCCAGUUCAGGGGCGUGCGGCGCAUCAGCCCCGUGACUCGGGCCGAGGAGUUCUACUACCCGCCCUGGAAGCGGCUGCUCUUCCAGCUGCUUGUGAGCCUUCCCUUGUGCCUCACCUGCCUGGCCUGCGUGUUCCUGCUUAUGCUCGGCUGCUUCCAGCUGCAGGAGCUGGUGCUGAGUGUGAAGGGGCUGCCCCGUCUCGCCCGCUUCCUGCCCAAAGUCAUGCUGGCUGUGCUGGUCAGUGCGAGUGCCGAGGGCUACAAGAAGCUGGCCAUCUGGCUCAACGACAUGGAGAACUACCGGCUGGAGAGCGCCUACGAGAAGCAUCUCAUCAUCAAGGUGGUCCUGUUCCAAUUCGUCAACUCAUACCUGAGCCUCUUCUACAUUGGCUUCUACCUCAAGGACAUGGAGCGCCUGAAAGAGAUGCUGGCCACUCUGCUGAUCACCCGCCAGUUCCUCCAGAACGUUCGAGAGGUCCUGCAGCCGCACCUGUACCGGCGGCUGGGCCGUGGCGAGCUUGGCCUGCGGGCUGCCUGGGAGCUGGCCCGUGCCCUGCUUGGCCUACUGAGCCUCUGGCGCCCUGCACGCCGACCCCUUGAACCCAAGGCUGAAGAGGGUGUCGGUGGCAGCAGCGGUGGGGCGAGCCGCAGGUGCCUCAGUGGAGGCUGUGGGGCACCCGAGGAGGAGGAGGAGGCCACAGUGGAGCAGCGCCCAGCAGGGGAGGGUGGGGAGGUGGGGGAUGGGCCUCGGGGGGGCAGGGAGGAGGAAGAUGACGAGGAGGAGGAGGAGGACGAGGAGGAGGAGGAGGACGAGGAGGAGGAAGGUGAGGAGGGCAGCCUCAUGGACUGCGGGCUCCGGCUGAAGAAGGUCAGCUUUGCUGAGCGGGGGGCUGGGCGGCAGCGGCCAGGCCCAAGCCAAGAGGCCCUCCUGGAGGAGGGGAGCCCCACCAUGGUGGAGAAGGGGCUGGAACCUGGCGUGUUCACACUGGCCGAGGAGGACGACGAGGCCGAGGGGGCUCCCAGCAGCCCCGAGCGGGAGCCCCCGGCUGUCCUGCUCCGCCGGGCUGGAGGUGAGGGCCGUGACCAGGGGCCCGAUGGCGGCCCGGACCCAGAACCGUGCUCGGGUGACUCGGCCCGGAAGCAGCGGCGGCAGAACCGGUCAUCUUGGAUCGACCCACCCGAAGAGGAACACUCACCCCAGCUCACCCAGGCCGAGCUUGAGAGCUGUAUGAAGAAAUAUGAGGACACCUUCCAGGACUACCAGGAGAUGUUCGUGCAGUUUGGCUACGUCGUGCUCUUCUCCUCCGCCUUCCCCCUGGCUGCCCUCUGCGCCCUCAUCAACAACCUCAUCGAGAUCCGCAGUGAUGCCCUCAAGCUGUGCACGGGGCUGCAGCGGCCCUUUGGGCAGCGGGUGGAGAGCAUUGGCCAGUGGCAGAAGGUGAUGGAGGUCAUGGGUGUCCUGGCCAUCGUGGUCAACUGCUAUCUCAUUGGCCAGUGCGGACAGCUGCAGCGCCUCUUCCCCUGGCUCAGCCCCGAGGCGGCCAUCGUGUCCGUGGUGGUGCUCGAGCACUUCGCUCUGCUCCUCAAGUACCUCAUCCACGUGGCCAUCCCCGACAUCCCGGGCUGGGUGGCCGAGGAGAUGGCCAAGCUGGAGUACCAGCGCCGGGAAGCCUUCAAGAGACACGAGCGCCAGGCUCAGCACCGCUACCAGCAGCAGCAGCGGCGGAGACGGGAGGAGGAGGAGCGCCAGCGCCACGCGGAGCAUCACGCCCGGAGGGAGCGCGACACCUGUGGCCGGGAGGAAGCUCGGGCUGAGGGCUCCGGGUUGGACCCUGCUGCCCCGGAGAAGGCCUCGGCCAAGGCCAAGGGCGGUGGGGCAGGUGGCCACGGGCCGGAGCGGCCCAAGCGCCCGGGGUCCCUGCUGGCCCCUAACAACGUCAUGAAGCUGAAACAGAUCAUCCCACUGCAGGGCAAGUUCCUGUCGUCCGGGGCCGUGUCCUCGCUGGCCGGCGCGGGGGCCAACCUCACCGCCCGGCCGCCCCCUGCCCAGUCACCCACAGGCAGUGACACCCGCCUGCCGGCCUUCCUCAGCUUCAAGUUCCUCAAGUCGCCUGAGACCCGGCGGGACCCGGAGCGUAGUCACUCGCCACCCAAGGCCUUCCACGCCGGCAAGCUCUUCCCCUUCGGCGGGGCCCGGGCUGAGGCCGGGUCCAACGGGGCGGGCGGGCAAGCCCGGCAGGACGGGACCCCCGGCGGUGGCGGUGGCGGUGGUGGUGGCCGAGCCCAGCGGAGUGGGCUGGCAGACGAGGCCGCAGCUGAGGAGCCGGACACACCCCGGCCCGAAGAGGAAGGCUCAGGGACAGCGCUGGCCCCCGCGGGCGCCCCGGCCCUCCGCACCCGCCGCAGCCGGAGCCCUGCGCCGCCGCCGCCGCCGCCGCCGCCGCCAGCACCGCUGCCCCGGCCCCCGACGCCGCCCGCCGGCUGCUGGCAGUGGGACGGGCCGUGGGGCUGCGGGGGCGAGGGCGCCGCCCCCCGCCAGGCCCCUGCCGCCGCCGAGUGCCCGCCCUGCGCCCUCGCCGGGCCCCCACCCGCCCCCCAGCCCCUGCCGGGGGACGCCAGCUUCUACAGCCUCCCGCUGCCGCCGCCGCCGCCCACCUCCGAGCCCCCGGAGCCCCCCGCGCCCUCGCCCAGCCCCAGCCCCCAGGCCGUGUGCUGGCCCAGCGGCUGGCAUUAGCUCCGCCCGCCCUGCCUUCCUGUUUCCAUAUGCAAUAUCAGUCGUGGACGGGGCGGCAGCCGCCACCCAGAAAACGCUUCGGCCGGGCCCGAUGUACCCCAGUGUUGGCAGCCCCCUCCUGGCGAAGGGUCGGGGGCCUGGGGCCCCUCUAUCUGCCGUUUUCCUUUUGACCAGGAUGGGGGGCAAGGAAAGGAAACCCCCAAAAAACAACAGAAAAAACACACACAGAAUAGGCGAUUAUUUAUUCGUUUUUAAUUUAUUUUGUCAUAUUUUUGUAAAACGGCAGAAAUGCAAUAAAAAGUAUAUUUCAACAGUGCCCAAGGGCAGAGCUGUGGAAAGGGGACUUAAGGGGCCAGCUCUCUGGGGACCUGCAGGCCUAGGGUGGGUUCCCCUCCUGUCCUGUGACCCUUGGGGAACUCCUAAGAACUGGGUCUCCAGGCCAUGGAUGGAAAACUCCAGAAAUCCAGGCUCAGGGGCCCCUGGGAGGAGCUGCAGAGCCUCAGGCCCCGUCUUCAGCCUCCUAGACAAAGGAAGAAGUCUGACAGGACUCAGCAGUUUGGGCCCUGGGCCUGGGUCCUGAGUCAGCCUCAGUCGUGCGGGGCCACCCUUUCUGGUACACCCGCUCCCAGGCUGCCAUCCGAGGAGUCAAGGGCUGCAGGGAGAACUUGGGGUGUGGAAGUCAGAAGGCACCUGGUGCCUGAGUCUCGACGUUGAGGGAUGGCAUGUUUGGGGGUGGCAUCGGGGAAGGGCCAGGAUGUCCCGCUGUGGGACGGCUGUCAUCCCGAGUCACUGGGACUCUUCAGUGUGAUCAGGGAUGGACAUGGCCUCUCCCCCCUCAGGUGUGUCCACAUACAAAGGCUCUGAGCCUGACCAGCCCUGCCCCAGGGCUGGGGGAGCCUGUGUGAGGAAGGGGCACUUUGUGGGGCCACAAAAGAGAAGUCAAGGUUCAUUGGAGGCAGGAGAGCAGCCUGUGCAAAGGCACAGAGGUGUGGGAAGGCAGAGUUUGGUGUUUGUAGGAACAGAGUGAAUAAGGAGGGUCCCGAAGGCAGGAGGGGUGGAUGAGGCCAGCUGAGGGGCCUGUGCCGGGGAGACCAUAAGGAGGCCAUGGGACCCCCACCCACACCGUGGACAGCAUUGGCAGGAGACAGAAUCUAGCCCCUCAAAGGGGGACCCGGGGCCAGGGAGGUGCGGGCAAGCCUCAGCAAAGGACAGGCUGAAGCCUGAGCUCGCCCUGCCCCAUGGCCUUUGAAACUUAAGCCCUACCAUCUACUUGGCCACUGACAAAUGACAACACCAUGUGCCUGCCUAGGGUCAGGCCAACCCCUGGGACCGGGGAUCCCAAGCCAGUCCGAGAAUCUCCAGGGACGUAGCCCCGCCGCCCCCAGGCACGACCACGGUCAAGCCUACAUUUCCUAAGCACCUGCCUUGCCGACCCCAAGAA